CUACCACAUGGGUCUGUUAUGGUUUGGACUUUUGACACUUAGUUUCAGUUUAAGCUGUGUUUAACUUUUUGGCGAAAUAUUAAAGCACUUGGCUAAACCCUAACGUUUUUCAAUAAGUAUGAGCUUAAAAUGUUUCAAACCUAUAGGAAUUUAGGACAAAGUCCGGUGUCAGUAUUUUAAAAUCGAGUUUAUUUUGUACUUGUAAGGUCUCUAGCCCGUUGUGGGCAUACCACAACAGCAUUUAAAAUGGAUCGCAGACCACUGAUUUUAGAUGGCGGUCUAGCAACAGAACUUGAGGCUAAUGGAUUUCAAUUACAGGGAGAUCCACUGUGGAGUGCAAGACUUCUGCAUACAAACCCAAAAGCCAUUAAGGAGGUCCAUUAUAGAUAUCUCCAAAGUGGUUCUGAUGUCAUAACAACAGCCACAUAUCAGGCCAGCAUUGAGGGAUUUGUCAAACAUCUUGGUCUUGGACUUGAGGAGGCACAGCAGCUGAUGAUGUCAGGAGUUCAACUGGCCAAAGACACAGUGGAGGACUUCAUGUCUCAGGACAUGUCAUCAGACAGAAGAAAACCAUUGGUUGCUGGCUCAGUGGGUCCAUAUGGAGCGUUCCUACACGAUGGGUCAGAGUACACUGGGGCAUAUGAGGACAGAAUGACAGUGGAGGAGUUGAAAGACUGGCAUCGUCCACAGAUCCGGUGUUUGGUAAAGGCUGGAGUUGAUGUUGUUGCCAUGGAAACAAUUCCAUGUCUUAAAGAGGCAGAAGCAUUAGUGGAAGUUCUCAAAGAAUUUCCUGACACUAAAGCCUGGCUUUCCUUUUCCUGUAAGGACAGCCAUCAUAUUUCAAGUGGGAGAACGUUUUCGGAGGCAGUUCAGGUGGCAUGUAGGUCCUCACAGCUAGUUGCUGUGGGGGUAAACUGUUGCCCCCCUUCUCUGGUGACCCCUCUGCUAGAGUCUGCCAUGUCACACAAAAAAGCAGAUUUCAGCUGGGUGGUCUAUCCCAACAGUGGAGAGGACUGGGAUACCAAGACAGGAUGGCAAACAAAAAAAUGGACAUCAUUUGCUAAAUUAACUCUUGACUGGAAGGAAAGAGGUGCUAUGUGGUUUGGCGGCUGUUGCCGUGUCGGGCCUGCUGAUAUAACAGGGCUAAAGAAAGAACUACUACAUGUGUAACCUUAAUUUUUAAAACAGUGCGACUCUGAAAUAAUGCACAGAUGUUGUAUAAAUAUUUUAUUUUUAAAUUAAAAUAAUACC